AUGAGCGUCAAGGCCCAGCCCGGUGACAAGGUCGUCCUCGCCUACAGCGGCGGCCUGGACACGUCCAUCAUCCUCAAGUGGCUGACCAACAAGGGCUUCGAGGUCAUCUGCUACUGCGCCAACGUGGGCCAGCAGGGCGAGGACUACGAGAAGGUGCGCGCCAAGGCGCUGUCCCUGGGCGCCAAGAAGGUGUACAUCGAGGACCUGCGCGAGGACUUCGUCAAGGACUACAUCUUCGAGGCCGUCAAGUCCAACGCCAUCUACGAGUCCCGCUACCUGCUCGGCACGUCGCUGGCCCGCCCCGUGAUCGCCAAGAAGCAGGUCGAGAUCGCCCAGGCCGAGGGCGCCAAGUACGUGGCCCACGGCGCCACGGGCAAGGGCAACGACCAGGUGCGCUUCGAGCUGUGCGCCCAGGCCCUGGACGCCCACCUCAAGACCAUCGCCCCGUGGCGUGACGCGGAGUUCAUCGAGAAGUUCAAGGGCCGUGCCGACCUGAUCCAGUACGCCAAGGAGCAGAACAUCCCCAUCGACGCCACCCCCAAGGCCCCCUACAGCGUGGACGAGAACCUGUACCACACCAGUUACGAGGCCGGCAUGCUCGAGGACCCCAUGACGGCCCCCAUGGUCGAGAUGUUCAAGAUGACGGUGGACCCCAAGGACGCCCCCGACGCCGCUGAGCAGAUCAGCAUCCGCUUCGAGAAGGGUAUCCCCGUGGGUGUGACCAACCUCACGGCCAAGACCCCCGAGCUCACGGGCGCCCUGGACCUGUUCCUGGAGCUCAACAAGCUGGCCGGCAAGCACGGCAUCGGCCGCAUCGACAUCGUCGAGAACCGCUUCGUCGGCAUCAAGUCGCGCGGCUGCUACGAGACCCCCGGCGGCACCAUCCUGCGUCACGCCCACCUCGACCUGGAGGGCCUGUGCAUGGACCGCGAGGUCAUGAAGGUGCGCGACACGCUCUCGGCCAAGUUCGCCGAGUUCUGCUACAACGGCUUCUGGUUCGCCCCCGAGAUGGACUUCGUGCGCAACGCCGUGGACUUCUCGCAGCAGAACGUGACGGGCUACGUCAACCUCGAGCUCUACAAGGGCAACGUGACCGUGAUCGGCCGUUACUCGGACGAGGCUCUGUACAGCGCCGACCUGGCCUCCAUGGACCAGGAGGGCGGUGGCGACAACUUCGACUACAACCCGGCCGACGCCCAGGGCUUCAUCCGCAUCAACGCCACGCGCCUCAAGGCCUGGCGGUGCCGCCCCCAGCCCAAGAAGUAA